AUGUAUUCUGGCCCUUUGACUUCAACCAAUUUUUAGCAAAGCAAAAUCUUUCACACUUUUGAUAGCGUACCAAGAACCUCAAAUAUAAUCCCUAAGCCUCAUGAGAACCAGUAUAGCAAAAAGACAUCGGAGACGUAUUUCUAUGAAAUAUUCAACAAGUAGGAGAAAAAAUGCCCUUUAAAGAUACCAGAUACUAUUUUUGUUUCAGGGAACGCCAUCAUUUCCUGGUAUUUUUCAUCCAUUUAAAAUGGUGCAAUCUUAAGGAAAAAGAAUAACAAACUAAACCAGACUGAUGUCUUUACAUCUCUAUACGAAAAGUCACCCUUAGUUGCCCUGGACCAACUACAACCUCAAAACUAGCCUAUCAUAAUUUAGCCCUAAAGUAGCAUCACAAUUCAAGAGCCUGAAUCUUAAAUAGAGAUACCUAAGCGAAACACUUUGAUGAGCUUAGAGAAUAUUAGACAAAAUAAUAUGAGUAGUUUAAGUGUUGACAACAGAAGUGAGUCAAUUCCAGUGACUAGAACCAAAACUAUCAUGAGGCGAAAUACAAAUCUCUUCGAAGGUGGAUUAGAACCUGUAGCCCAAGUUAAUUAGUAAUCUCAUCAAAGAAAUGCAAGUUCAAUAAUCUCUGAUAUUCAAAAGAGGCCGCCUGGCGGAUUCAAAGAUUAUCUGCAUUUGGACUUUGAUUUGCCAUAUCUAGCCUACGUCAGAUUUCAUCAAUCAGAGAGUAGGCCUGUUAAGCCAUAUGAAUUGUACAAUAUCUUGAAUGAAAGACUCUAAGAAGUAAGAGUCAUCUAGACUUAUAUUUACUCGCGUGGCUCUUAAGAUUUCAAAUAAGAGGAGCUUUAGAAACUUGACUUUUAAUCUCAACUCUAAUGUACAAAAUAGAUGUCAAAUACUUAUGCCAUGCACAUGCAUAACGAGAUGAUUUAAUAAUCUAAAAACAUGAUCAAAGGAGGUUGCUAUGUAUGCCAAUAUACUCACUAUCAGCAGUAAUACAAAACCAAAUUCCUUAUAUUCAAGAAUAAAAUGAGUCGCAGGCUAACCAAGCAGAUCAACAGCAAAUUGAUCAGAUCGAUGAACUACAUUAUCAACCAGAAGAUUCAGGAUGUAUCUAAAACCAUAAUCAGUUUUAUGGAAAGUACUAUAGGCAUUGACAUCAAAAGAAUUUAAAUAAAGUUCAUUGAGGAUCUACAAGGUGAAAUAGUAUUUCUUGGAAUUAAAGAUGAGUUGGUCUAUACAAUGAAAGGCCCAGCCCUUGAAAUAUCGAGUGUUAAGUCAAAUUAGAAAAAUAAUGACGAUUUUGAAGGGUUUAAUUCUACUAAGAUCAUUAAGGAUCAUAAACAAUGGAAAUCUUCUAAAAUAGAAAGAAUUUGCUAUGGGAAGUUUUGCCAGUUCAAUAUCGAUUAGUCUGAGAAAUACCAAGGGGCUUUGAAAAGCAGAAAGCAUGCAUCAUAAAAUUUGAACCUAAUUCCAUCAAGGAACAAGAUACUGCAGAUUAGUUCGAAUCUUCAUAGCUAGAGGCAUCAUCAUAGAAGGAACUAUAGUUAAAACAGUCUCAAGAAUAAUAAUGGCAAUGAAAGCUAAUAAAAUAUAAGUUUGAGCAAGCCUCCUAUUUACAAGAACAGAAAUAUUUACUCGGAUCACUAUAAUGCACUUUAUAAGGCUGUAACUGUUUGCCAAAAGUGCUAUAUAAUUUAUACAAUACUCUCUGAAUACCUGGACACAGAAGACACUAAUAAGAUAUUUGAGGCUUGCAAGAAAAUAGAACAAGAUAGAAAAAAUUCCAUAUUAAUGCUUAAAAAGGCUGAAGCCAAAUCACUAAUGAUGACUGAGAAGUAUACAACAUAUAAUAUGGAUUAAAAAGAUGAUGAUGUAGACUUAAUAAAAAUAGGAAAGAAUCUAACACUAAAACUCAGUACAGGAAUGACUUAAGUGGUCAAGAAGGGAACGAAGAUUUUAUCUAGAUUAAACACAAAUGCUAGAAACAGAUUUGGGACAAUGAUUAUGCAGAAUCCAUCAAAUAGUUCUUCAACACCUUAGGAUAUUCGUUAUCAGCCGAAUAAGACAGAAAAAAGUGUGAGCCUGCUAAAGUCCAGUAGUCUGCUAAGAAUAGACACAAUGAGUGAAGAAGACAUGGAAUAAGGUCCAGAUGUCACAAGGCCAACUGAAAUUUCUAAGAUGCGUGAGAUACCAAAAGUAUCCUACAAACUUUUCCAGAAAAAUAUCAUGAAAAAGAACCUAAUAUCACUAAAAACUAAAUCUGCUUUCAAUUUUUCUUCAUCCCCAACCAAAGAAUUGCCAAAUGCAAAAAUAUAAAAGUUUGAUCCAAACCUUUAGCAAAAUAAAAAAGAGAAUAAUUCUAAUGGCGAGGACAGUUUCAAAAGACAGAAUAACUUGAAACUGAGAAAGGUUGGAUUCUCUAAUUCGGUCAAUAAUAAACUGAUCUCAAUGAAGUAGACUAUGGGUAUUUCCCUUAAAUUAAACAAAGGAUAGAUUCAAGAAGAUGAUGAUGAUAGUUUGCUUCCUUCAGCCCAAAGAAAAGCAGAGCACUUAGUUAAUUACUUCUAUGAGAUCAGCAAGGACAUCAGAAGGAAUAAUUCAAAGUCAACUAUGAAAAGAAGUAUAACAUCUCAGUAUGUGUCACCUUCCAGGGAGAGGAAACUGAAUUCCUUUCAAUAGUCAAGACAAACAUCCUAUGAUGUGAGUCUUGAGGAUGUGAAUAGGGGUUAGAUACCAGAGUAUUAGAUUAAAGUCAAUAAUAAGAUUCAAGAAAUCAAGAAAAGAGACAAUUCGCCAGGAUAAUCUGCUUUUCAAAAUAAGAUCCAGGAGGCUAUUCUAAGACUUGCCCAGAAAUACAUAAGAAAGUUCAAUGACUAAAAGAAUGCUAGAAGUGAGGAGAAGAGUAUAAUCGAAAAUGAUACAAAAUCAUACAGAUUUUCAACUGAAUCCACACCAAUGAAGAAAAAACAGACAUAGCCAGUCAAUAAAAUGGAAGAAGAAAAUCAGGCUCAGUAUAACAUUUCAAGUUCGUUCUUUCACUUUACCAAACUAAAGCAUCUGUAAUCAAUACCAUACUAUAGGAUAUCCACUCCUAAAGUACCAAUCUACUCAUUUGAGAAAGUGGACAAAGAUGGUCAUGACGAUAAAUACAUUAUACCUCUAGAAAAUUAUAAGAUGCUCAAGAUUGAGUAAUAUGUAGAAUUCAUGAAGAUUCCUCUUGAUUCAGUUAAAUACUCAUCAGUGUUUCUGAUUGAUGAGAACACAUCCUUGCUUUACCAAAUUAUUACAAACACUGACAUACUUUAAAGCAAUGAGCCCAUUAAGAAUUACAUCGUAUUGCUUGAUAUUUUUGGCAAUUUUUUCCAAAAGAGAGAUUUCUUCUAAGAUUUAGUAGAUACCAUCUAGACCCCAGUUAGAUUUAUCCUUAUAAACUUUCCAGGCUCCUUAUAUACUCAGUAUAACUCAAUUAAGCAUACUCUCAAUAAUAAGUUCUACUGUAAAUGCCUAGAUCUCUUGUUCUUUCACAUGCAUGAAAAAAAUCUAGUAAAUUUUGUAAAGGAGAGCUUUUCUUUCAUAGGUUUUGGGAACGGGGCUAAUAUAGCUUUGACUUAUACAAUUUUCAUGAGAGGCUACUAAAAUCUUGAAUCUAUUCUUGUGUUUAAUGGAUUUAUACAAAAAGAACAAACAUUACAGUUUUAAUUCGAGACAUUAAUUAAGACAUUCAAGCAAUAGAAUGGAAAAUAUAACAUUUACUCUGACUUUUUCUAUUACAACUUGAUAUACUCUGCAGAACGGCUUAAAUAGAACUAAGAUGACAUUAUUUACAAUAAUGGGAACUUGAAUCAUCUCAAUUAAAGUCAUAAUUACAUCAGCAAGGAUAAAAAUUAAAAAAAUUUCUAUGACAAACUUAAACUUUAUAAUAACCAAACUAAGAUUGACAUCAUUAAAGGCUUUCUCUCUAACAUCUCAUUAGAGGGCAAGUUCAAUGCUAUUCAAGUACCAAUAAUCAGCUUCUAUUCAGAAAAAAAUUCUUUAAUAAACCUAAAAUAACAAGAAGCUCUUUUAGAUUAUAAGUAUGACUCUUAAUUAGGGUCAGAUUUAGAAUACUUGAUGUCCUCUAAGGAGUCUUAGAAUCAGCAUAGAAAAUAGUUCCUGAAAUAUGAGAUGAGGACAGUCGAUUAAUAAAUAUCAAAGAUACUUAAAAAUGGGCACAAAAGGACCUGUCUCUUAAUUGAGGGAGGUCACGAUGUUUUUGUUGAAAAUUCUACGGCUGUUGAAAAAAUUAUUAAGUAAUACAUUGAUGCUUCAAGACUAUAUCUGUGA